AAAAAAUUUAUUAUGUCAUAGGCAUGCAAUAGAUUUGUCAUGGAUAUGACAGAUACAAGGAUGGGACCUGAACAACUAUGUCGAAACUGUAAAUUAAUGAAAAAAGAACAUACUUAAAGUUAGUAUAUAUCCUAAAAAUAGAUAAUUCUCAAUAACUUCCUUCAGGUUAAUAAAGUUCAAAUUCAUUUUCAGAUUUAAAGAAAAAAUUCUCUGGAGGCAACACCUAAGUAUAAGAAAAAUUCUAAGGAGCUGUCAAAUAAAGCAUUUAGUUUAAAAAAUAGGAGGAAUAGAAUCAACCUUAAAUAAAAAAUAGUAAUUAGACAUAAAACUAAUCAGAUUAAUCAAAUGUUCCAAUAAGAAAGAUUGAAAGUUAAACAAUAACUAAUAAUUAUCCUAACUAACCUAUCCUAAAUGAAAAUUAACCAAAUUUGGAGAAAUAACAAUCUGAUUAAUCUAAUUUAACAUGUUCAAAUUAGUUAAAUUAAACAGAAUAAUAACCAAAAUAAUAAACUUAGAUAGAAAAAACCUCUAUUCAAAAUAAUUUUUCUAAUAAUCCUUUUUUGAAGUAGGAUAAAGAGAAAAUAUAAAAAAACGAGUUUGUUUAAGGAAAACCAUAUGUUCCUCAAUAAAAACCUCCUUAAGAAUUUAAAUAGUAAUCAUUAAAUGAAAAAAAAUCUGAAUAACAAUCUGAAAAAAAUAAAAAUGUUGUUUUUGGUUAUUAAAACAAAAAAUCUAAUGAUGAAGAUAUUUAAAAUAAUAUCAAUAAAUAAUCCCCUCUAGUUCAAUAAAAUUCAAUAGAAUCUCAAUAGUCUCCUCCUAUACAACAAUAAAAGACUGAAAAUUAAAGCAAUUAAUAAAAGAUAGAAAAUCCAAUAAAAGAGAGAGCAAAGAAUUUACCAAUUUUUGGAUUUGGUCCUCCUCCUGCUAAGAAAACUUCAAAUUUACAGGAAUCUGAAAGCUAUUUAGAAUAAUAGAUGAUUGAAAGACCAACAGUUUAAUAAAGAAAAAAUAAGAGAACUAUAUAAGAGUUCUCAGAUAUAAAUUGA